AUGCCCUCCCCUCACGCCGAGUCUCGAACGCAACUCAGCGGAUCUGGAAAAUCACGAAACCUAUCCGACGACAACCGCCAGGCGGUGCUCAACAUGUUGCUCUCGAAGAGCGAUUUCGGCAAGCGAAAGCAUGGCAAACCGUCGCCUUCGGUGCAAGUCAUCGACCUCCGACCGCUGCUCACCGACGCCAACAAGGAAGAACGCGUCAACUUUGCGCUAUCGUUCGUCAAGUGA